CUUCUCUUCUCCGGUCUAAAAAAUUAUUCUUUUCUUUUCUUAGCUUAAAAAAAAAAAAAAUCAAAGAAAAGCUAAGCUGCGGGAAACUGGCUGUUUCUGGUGAUGUCAAGCAGCAAAGGGAAAGAUAUAGCGGAAGGCUCAUCAAGAUCAGGUGGCGGUGGUAAUGCUACUGAUCAACAGAACCCACCUCCGUUGAGCAGGUACGAGUCGCAGAAACGCCGAGAUUGGAACACUUUCGGCCAGUACUUGAGGAACCAGAGGCCACCAGUUGCACUAUCUCAAUGCAACGCCAACCAUGUGCUUGACUUUCUUCGCUAUCUGGAUCAAUUUGGCAAGACCAAGGUGCACUUACAAGGGUGUGUUUUUUUUGGCCAGCCAGAGCCACCAGGUCCUUGUACUUGCCCUCUCAAGCAAGCUUGGGGUAGCCUCGACGCCCUCAUCGGCCGGCUGAGGGCUGCUUAUGAAGAAAAUGGUGGCUUGCCGGAGACGAACCCUUUUGCAAGUGGUGCUAUUCGAGUGUAUCUGCGAGAAGUCAGGGACUCACAAGCGAAGGCAAGAGGGAUCCCUUAUAAGAAGAAAAAGAAGAAGAGGAAUCCGAUGAAAGCUAGUGAUGAUCAGAGCUCAAGUUUUCCCAUGCAGUAAUCUUGAUUGAUUCCUGUGGUCCCUGGAAAAACAUUAUGGCCCUCAAAUUUUCAAAAGUCGUGCAUUCACCGUUACCAUUUUGGAGCUCCAUCUACUGUUCCCUGUGGAUUGAGUAGCUAGUUGUUGGUCUUUGCUAAUGGCUGAAGCACUGUAAUCUGUAGCUAAAAAUGAGAAAAAUGCAUCAAGUCGGUCAAGAUAAAACCAGGAGUUGAAAUGGGGUAAGUAAAAUUUUUCUCCUCCUCUGUCCAUUUAAUUUAGUUACUAUCUUAUCAAACAUAAUCAAGUUUGUUAUCAUCAUCAUCAUGUACUAUAAUUAUUCGAAUAUAUGUAUUAUUGAUCGAUCGAUGCGAAACUAUAUAUGUCCUAGUUUCAAUUUUCUCAA